AUGCAUGGGCGAGAGAGCAGCUGCAGCUGUGACGAGCCUGCGGAGCUGCAGCAGGUGGAAGGCGGAGCAGCAGCAGCAGCAAAGAAGAAUGGUGGUGGUGGAUAUGGCAUGGACAGAGCCGACAUGGUGGGUGGAGGAGGCGGAGGGAGUGGAGGCGGGGGAGGAGAGACAGGAAGAGAUGGUGCGACUUCACUUGGUGGUGGUGGGGAGGCAGACGAUCAGAGGGUGUUGGCUCAGCCGCCACUCCAUAUUCUGCAGUCCGUGCGACCCGAACCCCUCAACGGCUACAUCGAGCAGGGCCAAGAGGGGUCGGCUGGCGGUAUGGCGCCUGUGAUCCACGGCAUGCUGCUGGCGCAUCCAACGGCUGAGACGCCUCAGGAGCUGGAGUGGGACGAUCUGAUUGGUCGGAUCGAGGCGGAGAUUGAGAAGCCCCAGGCGAGCUCGUGUGUGGAUGGCGAGUCAUCUUCAAUCGCGAGGCAGGACAGCCAGAUAGUGACCAGUAGCGAGGGAGCCGUCCCUCCCAAUGAUGCUGGCGCUCUCAAACGCGGCAGGCAAGGGCGCGGCGAAGCGGGUGGUGCAGAGGAAGCGACAAGCCAACAGGAGUCACCCUGUGACAAGAUUCUAGGCAUCUCAAGCCAACUCAGCCUCCCUUCUGGCUUCUCUGUGCUUCUGUCUCUCGCCGCGGCCUCCUCCGUGCCAAGCAAUGCAGAGGCAGGCAAGGGCAAGGCGAGGCGGGUGGUGCAGAGGAAGCGGCCGGCCAACAGCACGUCCAAGUUCCGAGGGGUGACGCAUCACUGCCGCACGGGGCGAUGGGAGGCGCACAUCUGGAAGCGGCCGGCCAACAGCACGUCCAAGUUCCGAGGGGUGACACACUACUGCCGCACCGGGCGGUGGGAGGCUCACGUCUGCAGUGAUGCAGAGACAAGAGCACGUUCAGAGGGGUGCCUCACCACUGCCGCACCGGGCGCUGGGAGGCCCACAUCUGCAGUACUGCAGAGGGAGCGGCCGGCCAACAGCACGUCCAAGUUCAGAGGGGUGACACACCACUGCCGCACUGGGCGCUGGGAGGCUCCUCACAUCUGGGAGGAGGGGCGGCAGGUGUAUCUGGGAGGAUUUGAUUCUGAAAAACAGGCAGCGCUGAUGUAUGACAUAGCAGCACUCAAGAUGAGAUUCGGUUCUGAGAAGCAGGCAGCACUGAUGUAUGACAUAGCUGCACUCAAGAUGAGGGGCGAGGACGCACAGACGAACCUACCGCCUGAGGAGUAUACCAAAUACACCAAGGAGAUAGGGAUUGACUCAUCUUCCUCUUCGUCCAUCCUUCCCCUAUCCCAUCACCCCUCUUACCGAACCCCACCAGAGGCCGUUCCCAAAGAGGAGCUGAUUCUGCUGCUGCGGCGGCACAGCAAGGGCUUUGCUCGAGGGACGUCCAAGUACCGAGGGGUGACCAAACACCAGAAGGGUCGGUGGGAGGCGAGGAUUGGCCACGUGGAGGGCAAGCGAUAUGACUACCUGGGGCUGUUUGGUCACCCCUUUUCCCCGUUUCUCUCCCAUCCCGUCUCCCUCGUUCCCAGGGUCGGUGGGAGGCGAGGAUAG